AUGAAGUGCACCUGCUCUGCCUUUGUGGCAGCUGCCCUCUUGCUUGGCUCCGUCUCUGCGCAGACAUUCCAACGUCUUGGAGCUUGUCCGACUCUUGGUACGAACCCCGAAUUCUCUCAAAUUGGACGAGGAAUGCUAAUGAUCUCAGGCUGUGUCUUUCCCCCUGACCAGGCUGAUUUCCUUGCUGGCCAGUAUUUCGACAUUCGUCUCGAGGUCCAUCAGCCUGUGAAUGGCUCAGAAGCCAUUGGUCUGCCUUUGGAUAAAGACUUUACAUUCACUAUCGGCAAGACUGGCAAAAAGGCCAAGCCGGUGACUAAAUAUUUCUCGUUGAAGGAGCCCAAGCUGGAAAAAUGGAACUUCACAUGGUUUGAGGAUCUCUUUGCUCGCGACGCGAAGAAGCCUACACUGGUCAAUGUGGCGUCCAAGGCCUAUCGCCGCGUUGCGCUCUAUGAACCUGGCGAGUACACUGCCACUCUCACAUAUAACAAUGGCUCCAAAACUGAGGCUACCUGGCUGGUGCGCGAUCUGGCAGAAGAACGCAAGGCCAAGAACAUUGUCUUCUUCAUUGGCGACGGCAUGACCACCAACAUGAUUACGGCAGCACGCCUAAUUGCUCACAAGAGCAUCAAUGGAAAAUACCAGACCACCAUGGCCAUGGACAAGUUCCCCGUUCUUGGUCAUCAGAUGACCCACUCGCUCGACUCCUUCAUCACGGAUUCUGCCAACUCCGCAGCAGCCCUAAAUUCGGGGCACAAGGCGUCUGUCAACUGCUUGAAUGUUUAUGCCGACUCUAGCAAGGAUCCUUUUGACGAUCCCAAGAUCGAAACCAUUGCAGAAAUGUUCCAUCGUCUCACAGGAGGACAUAUCGGAAUCGUGUCCACAGCCUACAUUGCCGAUGCUACCCCAGCUGCGCUCAUCGCUCACACACGCAACAGGGGUAAGUAUGAGGCUAUCGUCGACAGCUACCUUAACGGCGUCCAGAAUUACACGUGGACCAAUGUCCCCGUAGACGUCAUUUUUGGCGGAGGAGCCGAACAAUUCUACCCCCCUUCGCUCGGUGGAAAGACAUAUCAGGGCAAGAACUACUACGACGAGUUCGCCAAAGCGGACUAUCAAAUCGUUCAAAACCGCACCGCUCUCCUGUCUGCCAACGCCUCCGAGAAAACUCUUGGCAUCUUCACAACCUCCAACAUGGGCAAGUGGCUCGACCGCAAUGUCUACCGCGAUAACCUGAAGCUCUCUCUCUCUCCGACCGGCGACAAGAAACCGGCUCUCGACCAGCCCGGUCUCAAGGAGAUGACGCUCAAAGCCAUCGACAUCCUGCAAGCCCGAUCUGGUGACAAGGGCUGGUUCCUCAUGUCGGAAGCGGCCUCGAUCGACAAGAUGAUGCACGUGUUGGAUUUCGAUCGCGCACUAGCCGAGCUCCUCGAGUUGGACGACACCAUCAAAGCCACAAUCUCGCACCUGAACAAGACCUCUUCGCUCAAGGAAACCCUCAUCCUCGUGACGGCGGACCACGGCCACGGCUUCGACGUCAUGGGCUCCGUCGACACCAAAUACCUGGCCGCCCAAGGCUCCGACCGCAAAAAGCGCGACGCCAUCGGCGUCUACGAGUCCUCGGGUCUCAGCCAGUACACCACCACCGGCAAUCUAACGUACACGGACAGCAACUUCCCCUCCAACUGGGACCCCAGAUACACCCUCUUCCAGGGCAUGAUGGCCGACCCCGACCGCAGGGAAAACUGGAUCGUGCACAAGGACGGCCCGCGCGUGCCGGCGUCCACGAAGAACGGGAGUACGGAUUACUACGCCAACGACGGGGAUGGCCAGAGCGGCAUCCUGCUCAACGGCACGCUGCCGGUGGAAAACGACCAGGGCGUUCAUUCGCUUACCGACGUCCCCGUGUUUGCCAUGGGACCGUGCCAGGACCUGUUUGGCGGCGUCUACAGCAAUAUCGACAUCUUCUACGGCAUGGCCGAGUGCUUUGGUUUGGCGCGGGGAAAGAAAGACGGCUAUGAAGAGGACAAGGAUGAUGAUGAUAGGUAA